AGAAAUAAUGUUGAUAUUUGGAACCCAUGUCGAACUUCUAUGAAGAAAGGGCAACGAUGAUUGCAGCCGGGGAUUUGCAGGAAUUUGUUCCUUUCGGUCGAGACCACUGCAAGCACCACCCUAAUGCUUUGAACCUCCAGCUUCGUCAGCUACAGCCAGCCUCUGAAUUAUGGUCUUCUGAUGGCGCUGCUGGUUUGGUUGGAUCUCUUCAAGAGGUUACAAUCCACGAAAAACAGAAGGAAAACUGGCAGUUGAGGAAAGGCGUAAGUGAAAUUGGAGAAGAAGCGGACUAUGAUGAAGAGCUCUAUGUGGCUGGAAAUAUGGUUAUCUGGAGCAAGGGGAGUAAAAGCCAGGCAAUGGCCGUUUAUAAAGCUUUCACGGUUGACAGUCCUGUUCAACAGGCAUUAUGGUGUGACUUCAUUAUAUCACAGGAUAAGUCUGAAAAGAUCUACCGUAGCCAUGAGUUAGAAAAAUGCAUCUGUAUAUUGCAAAGCUCGUGUAUUAACAUGCAUAGCAUAGAAGGAAAGGAUUAUAUAGCUUCUUUACCAUUUCAGGUUGCAAAUGUUUGGGCCACUAAAUAUGGAUUAUUGUUUGAAAGAAGCAGUUCUUCACAUGAGGUACCUCCAGGUCCACCCAGAGAACCUUUGCCAACCAUGUUCAGCAUGCUGCACCCACUAGAUGAAAUAACCCCCCUUGUUUGUAAAUCUGGAAGUCUUUUUGGGUCACCACGAGUGCAGUAUGUUGUAGAUCCUGCAAUGAAAAUUGUGUUCCUCAACACGAACCCUUCCAUUGUAAUGACCUAUGACAGUGUUCAAAAUGUACAUUCUGUGUGGACUCUCAGGAGAGUCAAAUCAGAGGAAGAAAAUGCUGUUUUAAAGUUUUCUGACCCAGGGGGGACUCCACAGAAUGCAGCUACCAGCAGCUCUCUCACGGCACAUCUCAGAAGCCUCUCAAAAGGUGAAUCUCCGGUGGCUUCACCUUUCCAGAACUACUCUUCCAUUCACAGCCAGAGUCGCUCAGCAUCAUCGCCCAGUCUACACUCGCGUUCUCCUUCCAUUUCCAACAUGGCAGCUCUAAGUCGUGCCCAUUCUCCUGCCUUGGGUGUGCAUUCCUUUUCAGGGGUGCAAAGGUUCAACCUAUCAAGCCAUAAUCAAUCUCCAAAGAGACACAGUAUUUCUCAUUCUCCCAAUAGUAAUUGUAAUGGCUCCUUUCUUGCACCAGAAACAGAGCCAAUUGUUCCUGAACUGUGCAUUGAUCAUUUGUGGACUGAGGCAGUUACUAAUACAAGAGAGAAAAAUUCACAAGCCUCAAAGGUAUUUAUUACAACUGAUCUAUGUGGACAAAAAUUCUUGUGCUUUCUAGUGGAGUCCCAAUUCCAGUUGCGCUGUGUGAAGUUUCAAGAGAGUAAUGACAAAACCCAGCUCAUUUUUGGCUCUCUCACCAACAUACACGCAAAGGAUGCAGCACCCGUGGAGAAGGUAGACACCAUGGUAGUCCUGGAAUGCAAUGGAAACCUUGUGCUGUACACAGGAGUGGUUAGGGUGGGAAAGGUUUUUAUUCCUGGACUUCCAGCUCCUUCUCUGACGAUGUCCAACACAAUGCCUCGGCCCAGCACACCCCUUGAUGGAGUUAACUCUCCUAAGCCCCUUAGUAAACUGCUGGGAUCAUUGGAUGAGGUGGUUCUGCUAUCCCCAGUUCCAGAACUGAGGGAUUCCUCAAAACUUCAUGAUUCGCUCUAUAAUGAGGAUUGUACUUUCCAACAGCUUGGAACUUACAUUCAUUCUGUCAGAGAUCCUGUCCAUAACAGAGUAACUCUGGAACUGAGUAAUGGCUCCAUGGUUAGGAUCACUAUUCCUGAAAUUGCCACCUCGGAAUUAGUUCAAACAUGUCUACAAGCAAUUAAGUUUAUCCUGCCAAAAGAAAUAGCAGUUCAGAUGCUUGUCAAGUGGUACAAUGUCCACAGUGCGCCAGGAGGACCCAGUUACCGCUCUGAAUGGAAUUUAUUUGUGAUUUGUCUCAUGAACAUGAUGGGUUAUAACACAGACCGCUUAGCAUGGACCCGAAGUUUUGACUUUGAAGGAUCACUUUCUCCAGUUAUUGCACCCAAAAAAGCAAGACCUUCUGAGACUGGAUCUGAUGAUGACUGGGAAUAUUUAAUAAAUUCAGACUACCACAAGAAUGCUGAGUCUCAUCUUUUGACCAGAUCCUUAGGUUUGAAUUUGUUGAAAACUUCAAGGGUGAAGGAUGAAGACUUGCCAAAAAACCUCAUCCUAGAUUCAUCUACUCUUCUCUUUACUCAUAUACCUGCAAUUUUUUUUGUACUUCACCUUGUCUAUGAGGAGCUUAAGUUAAAUACUCUAAUGGGAGAGGGAAUUUGCUCACUUAUUGAUCUUCUUGUUCAGCUGGCAAGGGACUUAAAAUUGGGGUCUUAUGUAGAUCACUACUAUAGAGACUAUCCAAUGCUUGUCAGAACUACUGGACAAGUAUGUACUAUUGAUCAGGGGCAAACAGGAUUUAUGCAUCAUCCAUCAUUUUUUACUUCUGAGCCACCAAGUAUUUAUCAGUGGGUGAGUUCUUGUCUUCAAGGUGAAGGAAUGCCACCCUAUCCUUACCUCCCUGGCAUCUGUGAAAGAAGCAGACUAGUAGUCUUGAGUAUUGCCCUCUACAUCCUUGGUGAUGAGAGCUGUGUUUCUGAUGAUGCCUCACAAUAUUUAUCCAAACUAACUAUAACUCCUCAGAAGUCACAAUUGGAGCAAGAAGAAAAGAGGUUUAGUUUCCGGCAUUGUACGUCUGUUUCUAGCCUAGCUGAAAGAUUAGUUGUUUGGAUGACCAGUGUGGGAUUCACUUUAAGAGAUUUGGAAACUCUUCCUUUUGGAAUUGCUCUUCCCAUCAGAGAUGCAAUUUAUCAUUGUCGAGAGCAACCUGAUUCAGAUUGGCCAGAAGCUGUCUGUGUCUUGAUUGGACGUCAGGAUCUUUCCAAACAGGCUUGUGAAGGAAACUUACCCAGAGGGAAAUCUGUGCUCUCAUCAGAUGUUUCUUCAGGAACGGAGGCUGAGGAGGAAGAUGAUGGCAUGAAUGACUUGAAUCAUGAGGUUAUGUCACUAAUCUGGAGUGAAGACUUAAGGGUGCAGGAUGUGCGAAGGCUGCUUCAAAGUGCACACCCUGUCCGUGUCAAUGUGGUGCAGUACCCAGAACUCAGCGACCAUGAGUUUAUUGAAGAGAAAGAAAACAGAUUGCUUCAGUUGUGUCAACGAACUAUGGCUCUUCCAGUAGGACGAGGAAUGUUUACCUUGUUUGCAUAUCAUCCUGUUCCAACAGAACCAUUGCCUAUUCCUAAAUUGAAUCUAACUGGGCGAGCUCCUCCUCGAAACACUACAGUAGAUCUUAAUAGCGGGAACAUCGAUGUACCUCCCAACAUGACAAGCUGGGCCAGCUUCCAUAAUGGAGUGGCUGCUGGCCUGAAGAUAGCCCCUGCCUCCCAGAUCGACUCAGCUUGGAUUGUUUACAAUAAGCCCAAGCAUGCUGAGUUAGCCAAUGAGUAUGCUGGCUUUCUCAUGGCUCUGGGACUAAAUGGGCACCUUACCAAGCUGGCUACUCUUAAUAUCCAUGACUACUUAACCAAGGGCCAUGAAAUGACAAGCAUUGGACUACUACUUGGUGUUUCUGCUGCAAAACUAGGCACAAUGGAUAUGUCAAUUACUCGUCUUCUUAGCAUUCACAUUCCUGCUCUCUUACCCCCAACGUCCACAGAGCUUGAUGUGCCUCACAAUGUUCAGGUGGCUGCUGUGGUUGGCAUUGGCCUUGUGUAUCAGGGGACAGCUCACAGACAUACUGCGGAAGUCCUGUUGGCUGAAAUAGGGCGGCCUCCUGGUCCUGAAAUGGAGUACUGCACUGACAGAGAGUCAUACUCUUUAGCUGCUGGCCUGGCUCUGGGCAUGGUUUGCUUGGGGCAUGGUAGUAAUUUGAUAGGUAUGUCUGAUCUCAAUGUGCCUGAGCAGCUGUAUCAGUACAUGGUUGGAGGUCAUAGGCGCUUUCAAACUGGAAUGCACAGGGAGAAACAUAAGUCCCCAAGUUACCAAAUCAAAGAAGGAGAUACCAUAAAUGUGGAUGUGACUUGCCCAGGUGCAACUCUAGCUUUGGCUAUGAUCUACUUAAAAACCAAUAACAGAUCCAUUGCAGAUUGGCUCCGUGCUCCUGAUACCAUGUACUUGCUGGACUUUGUGAAACCAGAAUUUCUUUUGCUUAGGACACUUGCACGAUGCUUGAUUCUGUGGGAUGAUAUUUUACCAAAUUCCAAGUGGGUUGACAGCAAUGUUCCUCAAAUUAUAAGAGAAAAUAGUAUUUCCUUGAGUGAAAUUGAAUUGCCCUGCUCAGAGGAUUUGAAUUUGGAAACUUUGUCCCAAGCUCAUGUCUACAUAAUUGCAGGAGCCUGUUUAUCUCUCGGUUUUCGAUUUGCUGGCUCAGAAAAUUUGUCAGCAUUUAACUGUUUGCAUAAAUUUGCAAAAGAUUUUAUGACUUAUUUGUCUGCACCAAAUGCUUCUGUAACAGGUCCUUACAACCUGGAAACAUGCCUGAGUGUGGUGCUGCUGUCUCUCUCUAUGGUAAUGGCUGGCUCUGGGAACCUAAAGGUUCUGCAGCUUUGUCGUUUCCUACACAUGAAAACAGGUGGUGAAAUGAACUAUGGUUUUCACUUAGCCCACCACAUGGCCCUUGGACUUCUGUUUUUAGGAGGAGGAAGGUACUCUUUGAGCACAUCAAACUCUUCCAUUGCUGCUCUUCUCUGUGCUCUUUACCCACAUUUCCCAGCUCAUAGCACUGACAACCGGUAUCAUCUCCAGGCUCUCCGGCACCUGUAUGUGCUGGCUGCAGAACCAAGGCUUCUAGUACCUGUAGAUGUGGAUACAAACACACCCUGCUACGCCCUCUUAGAAGUCACCUAUAAGGGCACUCAGUGGUAUGAACAAACCAAAGAAGAGCUGAUGGCUCCUACCCUUCUUCCAGAACUCCACCUUUUAAAGCAGAUUAAAAUUAAAGGCCCAAGGUACUGGGAACUGCUCAUAGAUUUAAGCAAGGGAACAGAACACUUGAAGUCCAUUCUUGCCAAGGAUGGGGUUUUAUAUGUUAAGCUAAGGGCAGGCCAGCUCUCCUACAAAGAAGAUCCAAUGGGAUGGCAAAGUUUGUUGGCUCAGACUGUUACAAACAGGAAUUCUGAAGCCCGGAUUUUCAAGCCAGAAACAGUUUCAUCAUUCACUUCUGACCCAGCACUUCUGUCAUUUGCUGAAUAUUUUUGCAAACCAUCUGUGAACAUGGGCCAGUGCUGUGAUAAACAUAGUUUGAUAGAGGAGUAUUGGCUGGAUUGUUAUUUCUCUUCCUUCUUACAGGCUUUACGAGGACUUAAAAAAAGAGAAAUACCUGAUACAUCUGACCUUUGGCAGAUAAAGUUGGUGUUAGAGUUUUUUAGCUCCCGAAGCCAUCAGGAGCGGCUUCAGAACCAACCUAAGCGAGGGCUUUUUAUGAACUCUGAAUUCCUGCCAGUGGUGAAGUGUACUAUUGAUAACACUCUGGACCAGUGGCUACAAGGUGGAGGUGAUGUGUGUGUACAGGCCUACCUCAGCGGGCAGCCUGUGGAGGAGUCUCAGCUGAACAUGCUGGCCUGCUUCCUUGUCUACCAUGCUGUGCCUGCUCCCAGGCACCUGCCACCAAUGGGACUAGAAGGAAGCACAAGCUUUGCUGAACUCCUCUUCAGAUUUAAACAGCUGAAGAUGCCUGUGCGAGCUCUGCUCAGAUUAGCACCUUUGCUCCUUGGAAAUCCGCAGCCAAUGGUUAUGUGACCAUGUCUCAUGUGACUUCUACAUAAAGUCAUGACCAAACGUCAAAGCUAAGGAAAUUAUAAUUGGGGGGGGGGGAUAAGCAGCACAUACCUUGCCAUAUUUUAAACUCUUGUCCGCAUUAAUAUUGUAGGAAGUAUAAAAUCAGUCAACAUUUACUAUUGUAAAUAAACUUGUUUUGUUUUUAAGAUUUGAUAGCUUUAGUGUUAGACUUGAGAGUGAUGAGGGUUGAUUUUUAACCCUUGAACUAGAGUGCUUUAGAUGUCUGCUCCAAACUGCAGUUUUAAAAGAAGUGAUGUUACUGACUUUCUGCUGCCAGAAAGAGCUUUCAGCAUUUUCCAAGAUAUUACUUGUUCUGUCUAAUGUAAGUUUGUACCACCUGUGACAAUGCCUGACAUUCUCUUGGUAUGACCGCAUCAGUCAGAAGUGUUAGACCUUACCGGAGAACUUCUCAGCAUGAAGUACUGUGGACUUCAUUUUCCUAAACUAGCUGUUGAAGCCUAAUCUUGGUGUGCCUGUAUUUGGAGAUGAAGCUUUUAAAAGAUAAAGUUAAAUGAGGUCAUAAGAAUGAGACCCUGAUUUGGUAGACUCACUGGCCUUGUAAGAAGAGGAUGAUUUCUCUCUGCCAUGUGAGAACACAACGAGAUGAUGAGGUCCCCACCAGAACUGACUGUAUCAGCUGGCACCUUGGACUCAGCUUUCAAAACUGUAUGAAUAAAUUUUUCAUGUUUAAGUCACUUA